CCCCUUUUCAUCUUCUCUCUCUGUUUCACGCUCCAUUAUUGAUUCCAUUCCUCUUUCCCUGUGCUUGUUUGGUUGCUUACAAGCUCACUGUUCAGAUCUGAACCUCACCCAGAUCGCUAUUUCACUCGAUUCUUUAUCUCUUUUUAAGUACAUAAUUUAAAGUAGGGAAGAAGAUGACGGUGAGAACUCCAGGAACCCCAGCUUCAAAGAUAGAGAAGGCGACACCAGUGUCGACGCCUGGGGGACCAAAAGCUAGGGAAGAGAAGAUUGUAGUUACUGUAAGGUUAAGGCCUCUUAACAAAAGGGAGCAGUUAGCCAAAGAUCAAGUGGCUUGGGAGUGUGUUGAUGAUCACACUAUUGUGCAUAAACCAUCGCCUCAAGAACGCGUGCCCCAACCGGCUUCUUUUACAUUUGAUAAAGUAUUUGGGCCUUCCUGUUUAACUGAAACUGUAUAUGAAGGAGUAAAGAAUGUUGCUUUGUCUGCUUUGAUGGGCAUUAAUGCUACCAUAUUUGCAUAUGGGCAAACCAGCAGUGGGAAGACAUAUACCAUGAGAGGAAUAACAGAGAAAGCUGUUAAUGACAUUUACAACCAUAUAAUGAAUACCCCGGAGAGAGAUUUUACAAUCAAGAUUUCUGGACUAGAAAUCUACAAUGAGAAUGUCAGGGACUUGUUAAAUUCAGAAUCUGGCCGCAAUCUCAAGCUUCUAGACGAUCCAGAGAAAGGCACUGUGGUUGAGAAGUUGGUGGAGGAAAGAGUAAAUAACGAUCAGCACUUAAGGCAUCUGAUCAGUAUUUGUGAAGCCCAAAGGCAAGUUGGUGAAACUGCCCUAAAUGAUACUAGCUCUCGGUCACACCAAAUACUAAGGCUGACUAUAGAAAGUACUCUCCGAGAAAAUUCAGAUUGUGUGAGAUCUUUUGUUGCAAGCUUGAACUUUGUGGAUUUAGCCGGAAGUGAACGAGCCUCACAGACACAAACAGAUGGCGCUAGGCUCAGGGAAGGCUGCCAUAUUAACCUCAGUUUAAUGACUCUGACUACUGUAAUCAGAAAGCUCAGUGUUGGAAAAAGAAGUGGCCAUAUCCCCUAUCGAGACUCGAAGCUUACUCGUAUAUUACAACACUCUCUUGGUGGGAAUGCACGUACUGCCAUCAUAUGCACUUUAAGUCCAGCUCUAAGCCAUUUUGAGCAAUCUCGAAAUACUCUGUUUUUUGCCACCCGAGCAAAGGAAGUGACUAAUAAUGCACGUGUGAACAUGGUUGUUUCGGACAAGCAGCUAGUGAAACAUUUGCAGAAAGAAGUAGCAAGACUUGAAGCAGAGCUGCGCACACCUGAUCCAUCAAGGGAAAAAGAUCUGAAAAUUCAGCAGAUGGAGAUGGAAAUGGAAGAACUAAGACGCCAAAGAGAUAUGGCGCAAUCUCAGGUGGAUGAGUUACGUAAAAAGCUUCAGGAAGACCAGCAGACUUUAAACCCAGUAGAGUUGCCCUGCCCAUCAGUGAAGAAGUGUCUCUCUUACUCUGAUGCAUUGUCACCAAAACUUGAUGGCAAAGAGCUUGGCCGUGGUGAGAGAACAAGGAAAGCGAUAUUAAGGCAGUCCAUGAGGCAAUCAUCAGCUGCUCCUUUCACUCUAAUGCAUGAGAUCCGCAAGCUUGAACACCUUCAGGAACAGCUAGGAGAAGAAGCCAACCGAGCUCUUGAAGUGCUUCAAAAGGAAGUAGCUUGUCACAGACUGGGUAAUCAAGAUGCAGCCGAGACAAUUGCGAAACUGCAAGCAGAAAUAAGGGAAAUGCGUUCUGUUCGAUCAGAUCCAAAAGAAGUUGAAGUUGGAAGUGUAAUUGCUCCUAAUAAAAGUGUUAGUGCUAACCUCAAAGAAGAAAUAACAAGACUUCAUUCACAGGGCAGCACCAUUGCAGAUCUUGAGGAGCAACUGGAAAAUGUUCAGAAGUCUAUAGAUAAAUUAGUAAUGUCUCUUCCAAGCAAUAAUAUUCAACAAUCUGACAGUGAAGUGAUUCCCAAAGCUAAGAACCAAUCAAAGAAGAAAAAAUUACUUCCUCUAGCUGCAAGUAAUGUUGUCAAUCGGCAAAAUUUUAUAAAAUCUCCUUGCUCUCCUCUAUCAACAUCUCGGCAAAUUUUGGAUUCUGAGAUUGAAAAUAGAGCUCCAGAGAAUGAUGACAUGGUAUCCUGUGAGACCCUGCAAGAAUAUGAGAAAGAGACUCCCACAAAGAGUGAGGAAGGUGGAGAUGUAUCAUCAAAGGAAGGCACUCCAGGUUAUCAGCGUUCAGUUAAUAUGAAGAAAAUGCAGAAGAUGUUUCAGAAUGCAGCUGAGGAGAAUGUAAGAAGCAUAAGAGCAUAUGUAACAGAACUAAAAGAACGUGUGGCAAAACUGCAAUACCAAAAACAGCUACUUGUUUGCCAGGUGCUUGAGAUGGAAGCAAAUGAAGCAGCUGGAUAUAAUUUGGAGGAUGAAGAGAAUACAAUUGAGCCACAGGAACCCCAAGUUGCAUGGCAUAUAACUUUUAAGGAGCAAAGACAGCUUAUAAUUGAGUUAUGGGAUGUUUGCUUUGUCUCCAUCAUUCAUAGGACACAGUUUUAUUUGUUAUUCAAGGGAGAUCCGGCUGAUCAAAUAUACAUGGAAGUGGAGCUUAGGCGCCUGACUUGGUUGCAGCAGCAUUUGUCAGAACUAGGAAAUGCAAGCCCAGCUCAUGUGGGAGGCGAACACACCAUCUCUCUUGCAUCAAGUAUUAGAGCAUUGAGGCGUGAAAGGGAGUUCCUAGCCAAGAGGUUGACCUCGCGUUUGACUGAGGAGGAGAGAGAUUCAUUGUAUAUUAAAUGGAAUGUCCCGCUUGAAGGGAAACAGAGAAAGCUGCAGUUUGUAAACAAGCUUUGGACAGAUCCUCAUGAUGCCAAGCAUAUACAGGAGAGUGCUGAGAUAGUGGCAAAGCUUGUAGGAUUUUGUGAAGGUGGCAACAUGCCUAAGGAGAUGUUUGAGCUCAAUUUUGCUUUACCAACAGAUAAGAGGCCAUGGAUUAUGGGCUGGAACCCUAUUUCAAACUUUCUACAUUUGUGAGAAACUACAUUUUGUUUUCUCCGUUUUGUAAGUAUUUCCCAUUUUGUACAUGUAAAUGAAUUCGGAGGUCUUUCUCCGAAUUUCUAUUUCUUUUCGUCAAGGCGUGACUGAUGGGAACAUUAGUUCUUUUUGUAAUCUUCAAAUUUCAAUAAUAGAAUUCAAUUCAUUUGUUUUU